UUUCGAGCUUUCACGUCUCUCUGCGCAAGCACUCCCAACACCAUCCCGCUCAAAGCAACUGCAACCCACACAACACUCCAACACUCUCGAUUUCGCAGCGAUCGCGCGACAGAUCACAACUGCUUUUGCAAUGUCGACACGUCGCACGCGUCGCGCUGCCGCGAUUACUGAAGUCACCGAGGAGGUCGUCACUGUCGAGACGCGCAGCAAGCGCACGCGCGCCGGACAGCGCAAGGCUGCGCCUUCCAGAGCUUCCUCAUCCAAGGCACAGGGCGAAUCCACACCCACCAAAAACACAUCCAAUACACGCGCCAACGCGCAGCCCGCCACGCGUUCUGACGCGGUCGUGUCUACACCCGCCCCCGCGACUAACAAGCGCCGGCUCCGCUCUACGACGACGGAAGCCGCAUCACCCUUACGCGCCUUAGAUGAGCAACCUGCAAAAAGGCAACGGACUACCUCGAGGAAGGCAACUGCGUCCACACCUGCUCCUGCGCAGACAAGUCCAGUCGAAGAGGAGGAUGACGAGGAGACCCCCAUUUUCUUUACCAAGAAAUUCGACUCUUUUGACGUCGAUCAGUCAGAGCCGGCCAAGUCAGCAUUCAUGACUGGCGAUGAGUCUGCAAUGGCUCUGCUUCGGCAUGUCCAGGAGGCCUCCAAGGUCCCCGAGUCCUCUACUCCCGCCCCCGAGAUCGAGGCCACACCUGCGCCCAACUCUCCCUCCCCGACCCCCAGCCAGAAGCCGUCGACUCCAUCCAGGAAUCUAUUCAGCAGCUUCACUUCACCAUUCACUGCCCUCAAGAACCUCUUCGGGUCUUCAACGCCAGCACCAACAUCACCCACACCAUCACGACAGCCUCCAGCCGACACAAUGACUGAGGUCCUUUCGAUGCCACCUACGCCCGUCGGAGAGCGCCCCAAGCGUCUAACCAAGAAAGCUAAGAAGCCGAACCGCCUCAUCAAAGCCCUUCUUCACGGCGUUGAUGCGCAAGACCUCAACAAGGCCACCGCAUGGGCCACGCAGAUUGCCGCCGACCUUCGCAAUGAUUCCACCGCCGGCGAAAAGCGAAAGCGACUUGAGACCCCUGUCCUGUUUCGCGAUCUCAAGCAUCUUCCUUCGAGCAAGCCAUGGCAGUCCGGUUUCAGCUUCCCAGAGGAUGUCCUGGACCUCGAGGAGGACGACGUAGUCCCUGCCUGGGCUGUGUACACAUCCAUGACCGAAGAAGAGGAGCACGAGACCAAGAAGACCAAGACUGCCCACGCCACCUCUAUCGACGACGACAUGCCCGCCUCACUCAAUGAGGUGUUCGGUACCUCGACUGCCUCCACCCUGGACUUCCAACCCCGUCGCUCUAUCGACCCUUCCCCAAUGUUCGACACGCCACUCCACCACCAAGAAGGCGGCAAUGUCUUCAAGGAGCUGCGCGGUCACGAUGCCGCCGUCAACGAUCGCGAGAACCUCCAGCGUGAGCUGAAGGCUGGAGGCAUUCAGCGUCAGGACGAGGACGAGACUCACCUCUCCGAUAACUCUGAAGGCCCCCAGAGGGCUCAUGACCCCACACAUGGCUCUUUCAGUGUCCCGGACUCUGAUUCCGAGGAUGAGGAUGAAAUCCGUGCACAGCCGGUCUGGACUCAGGCUCCUCCUCCCGCGCCCACCCCCUCUCACGUUUCGUUGCCGAAUACAACACAUCAUGAGGAGGUGGAACGACAGCGACAAAAAUUGAUGAAGCAUACACCUCAUAAGCCAAGUCGCCUUCAACAAGUCAGCUACCCGUCUCCAAGCCUACUCUCUGAUGCCGGUGAUUCUCCCUUCAAAAUCACCCAGAUAUUUGGGGAAGUACCCGAGGUCGAGCCACUUGUAUUCGACGAUCCAGAACUUGACGCUGCUCUCGCAGCGAUUUCUACCUCUGAAGGUCUCCAGGCCAAACUUUUGGCAAUGAACUGGUCAAUGCCAACCACCACAUACGACUCCGAGGAGGAGGAGCUUUCGCCAAUCUGAAGGCAAUUUACGAGUUUGACGAAUUUAUGAUGAGAUACCCCGGUCGUUUUGCAUAGGUUUGCAAUAGCGAUGAUACAAGGUUUUGGCGUUAUUGAAGGUUGUUUCGGGAUUGGAGUACUUUCCUCUUCAUCUACUGUAGUCUUCAAGCCAUCCCCUCCUCCAUCAGGUUUGAGAACUUCUCAGUUGAGCUUGGCCGCAAGGGCUCGCUCCCGAGGGUGAUCUCGCUUGGUGGAGGUUGGGUUUUGGAUAGCGGAACGA